UGUUCAGAACUCCGAGUCAGACAUCACUAAUGUAAUUCUCAGGCUUCCGCUACGAACGACUUAGCAAAUAAGACUUUCUGGGUUAUAUUUAGAGUUGACUAAAGAGAAAGGGUCUCAAGAUUAAUUCAGAAUUCAAAUUACAAUGGGAGGAAAUCAUCUUGUCUUUUUGAUGCUUCUUCAGUGGACAGUUAUUGGUGGAGGGAUUUGUGAGCGUAAUGUGGAGGGUGUGUUACACGGUCGAGUGGAGCUCCACGCAUGCCAUAGACCCCAACAAACUGUGAAAAGAAUGGAAUGGACUAAAUAUAAAAGUUCAACACAAACACGUCUAUUAUAUACAUUUAUACAGCCAAGUGACACUUUAUGGUUCUUCAACUCUUCCCAAAAUAUUCAGUUUAAUAAAGAGAAUAUGAGUCUUAUUUUUGUUAAUCUGACAAAAGAAGAUGAAGGUGUUUAUCAGAAUAAAUUAUUGCUUAAUAAUAAUGGUUCGACAGAGUCAUGUAACAUCAUUUUAUCUGUACUAUCUCCUCCGACUGCAUUAAGGAUAGCUGUGUCCAGUACCAACUGCACUCUGACCCUGAGGUGUGAGGUGAGAGGACAGUUUCUGAACCUGCGCUGGUUUUGGAACGACCUCCUGCUGCUGCCAGAUGACCAGAGAAUCAGCAUCAGUGAGAGGAACCUGACUGUGCAUGUGUCUAACCUGAACCGCUCAGACUCGUGCACGUACACCUGUCGGGUUUCAAAUGAAGCUGGGACGUCAGAGGCACAUGUGAACAUCACAGAUAACAGUGCUACACUAUGUCAGGACAACAUACAAGAAGAAGAAGAAGAAAAAGAACAACUUUCUACGAAGUUCCUGUACUUAAGUGGGCUCACACUUGGCACCACCAUGCUUUUGUCCAUCAUUUUAGUUUGCAUUUGCAAAAAUGAGAACGGAUAUAAGGAAUUCAUAUCCUCUCAGGCAGAAACUUCAGAGGUGGAGUUUUUGCCGCACCUUUAUGCAGACUUCAUAAAGCCCAAAGCUCUGCAGCAGGCUGCAGAUGAAGGGGAACUUGCUGAGGACUUUACCAAAGUUUUCUACAGUACUGCAGAAUAAGCUCCGCCCUCAAACUGCAGGGUAAUGGAACCACAGGUCUGAACAGUGGUCUUUUGAGAUGCAUUUUUUUACACUGAAAUGUAUUUGUGUGCACAAUUUCUACUGUAAAUAAAUUAGAUAUUAUUAGUUACUGAGGUACAGAGAUACUGCCAAAAGUUGUCAUUUACAUUUAAAUGUAAACCUCUCAGUUUAGAUACAGUCCAUACUCAUACCUAAUUCAUAAUGCCAAACAGCUUUAAUGACUCUAGGAUAAGUGUGAAUUGAAGUGCUCCUAAAAGAGAUGGCUCUUCAGUUAAUGAUUGAAAACAGCAAGCAAUUCUGAUGUUCAGACACCCAGAGAAAAUUUGUUCCGCCACUUUGGUGAAAAAGAGGAAGAUAUAUAUAUAUAUAUAUAUAUAUAUAUAUAUAUAUAUAUAUAUAUAUAUAUAUAAUAUCUCAGUGGUGUGCCCUUCUAACCCUUCAGAGAAAGGGUGACAAUAGGUGCAUGUAAAUCAUUACAUAAUAUUUAAUCAGGAAACAUAUAUUAUAGUUAUUGUAAACUAUAAGCAUAUAUUUUAUAAAUUAACUAAAAUAAAAAACAGCAACUAAUUCAAAGCAUUAGUCUGCGUUUUUCAGUUGCUAUAGGACUCUUAUCUGACUGACAGCCGUUCUAACCAAUCAAAGCUUUUUAAAAUGGCCCUUCUGCUGAUUUUUUGAUGGGUGUAGUAAUGAGUAUAUUAGCAAAGUUGCAGGACAAUCUAUCCAAUCAGAAUCAUGAUUUUCACUACGGAGGCGGGGCCAAGAACGUCUAAUCCCUUCUCAGCGUUAAGGUGCUAUGCAUUGGUUAAAGUAAAAUGGGGGGAUGUUGCAGAAGGGGUACCCACUAUAUUAACUGCACGCCACUGAUACAUAUUUAAAUAUUACAGUGCAAUGCCAGAUGUCUUGCUGCAUGGCACUAGAAUUAUGCCCUAUGACUUCUGUCAUGUUACAUGGAAGAUCUUAUCUUAUAUAACUAUCAUACUAUGGCUCAGAUUCUUACUCUUGUCAAUUUUUUUUUCAGCCUUAAAGAACUAACUGUUCACUUACUGUGUAAUAUAUUCCACCCCUGUGACAGGUACCAUUAUAGUAUAAUUUAUAGGUAUAUGUUUGAGUUAAAUGAUACUUGAUAAUCAUAAGUUUUAAGAUUUUAGAAAUCAAAAUUUGGUGGAAUAACUGUUUUUUAAUCAGUUUUCAUCCAUCUUGGCAUUUUCUCCUCCACCAGUCUUUCACACUGCUUUUGGACAACUUUAUGCCGCUCCUGUAGCCAGCUGUAUCUAUUUCUAAUAAGCUUUCAUUGCAAUUAAACUUGUGAUUAACCCCAA